AUGGGUCAAGUUAUGAAUACAGUAAAUAAAUUGAAACUGGAACUGAAUCAGUUACGGGCCUCAGAAACUACCUUCAUACGAAUGUCUACAACCUCAGGUUCGCAACAAGGAAUUUAUCAACAAACGCCAAAGUCAAAUGUAGCUUCGUCAACUAUACAGCAUAAAACCACUAUCUCAACAAAGAUGUUCUUCACUACAAAACCAACAGUCAUAUUUCCAGGUAGAACAAAGGAAACUAUUUUGCCUACUACUACCACGAUAGCUUCUACCUCAACGAGAAUGUUAUCAACUACAACCAAAACAACAUCACCCACUACAAACAAAACAACAUCACCAACUACAACCAAAACAACAUCACCAACCACAACCAAAACAACAUCACCAACCACAACCAAAACAUCACCAACUACCUCAUCGACUAUUUCUGUAACGGCCUUCACAACUCUAGCAGGUAGUUAUACAUGUAUUAUGUAG